UAAAAGUCCGGGUGAGAUUAUCUUCAUGUGGUUCCAAAACCAAUCUGGGUUGCACAUAUUCGAUUUCACCAUUUUCACCCGAUAUAUUGCAAAUUAAUUGAUUUGCAAACGUCAAAACCAUUUCACCCCUUCUGGUAAAAUUCGAUUUCACCGUUCUUUUUUCAACUUCAAUUCUCACAUAAGUGAGUGAAUUCGAACUUUUUUUCAAUAUUGCUAUAAAUUUGAAUCAAAGAACUAUUUCCGUUCCAUAAAUUGACUGACGUCCUUUGAACAAUAAUCUGACGCAGAACGCCAACUCUUUGAUUUAACAUCACUGUAAAUAUUAAGUGGAAUUAUGUCGCCGUUUUUCAUUUAGUUUGAGAAAAAUUGUUCUAGCCGCGUCAGUGAACACAUGUUUUAUAUUUUUAUCUAGAGUUGGGCGUUAGGCUAUCGGUUUAAAAAACUGAAAUUAAAAAAACAUUUGAUUAUAUUCGUUACUUUUAUCUAACGGAAUGUUGGCGGCCUCGUGUGGAUUAGAUUUUGGUCUGCCCAGUAAUCAAUUACCUGAGGGCAGCAACUGUCGGCGGUCCCAGUCCUACAAAUCACUGCACAAAAAGUGCUCCACCGCAUCAUCAGGAGGAACUAUCUCAUCCCCAUUCUACAACAGCGGCUACCACUUCCCCUCCAGUGAGGCUUCGCAGCGGACGAGGAAGAUCUCAGUCAUUGUAGUCGACGAGAGCAAACGACCCAAGGUUGAAGUGGAAGCCUCGCCUAAGUCGCUGGAUUCGCAACCUGCUCCUUUUGAAAUCCAGUCUUCGAUCAGAGAGGUGCGUAACAAGGCCAGUAGUUGCCACACCAGGUCCGCUUCCUUCAUGGAGGCCUACUACGCCCCCCCUAAACUGUCCCAGAUGACAUGCAAGGACUACUUGAGGUGCAGUGGUGUCAUCUUCAGUGGACUGGCAAUCACAGGAAUCAUCAUCGUCAGCUUAUCCGGACUCAUCAUUGGACCAGUGUGUCUAGCCGUGAGCAAUGCUACAUUUCGCACGCUCAAACUGUGCACGGUCGUGCAAAGAAAAGAUCACGUUGUUGCACUGUUCUGUUGCGGAGUUUGUGUGCUGACACUCAUGCUGCUGAUUUUAGUUUUGGAAAAGAGGCAAAAAAUAAACGACAGAAAAGCUGCCGAACAAAUGAUAACCAAUCAGAAUUAUUACAAAUACUCUCGGAGGUUUUCGACGAAUAACCACAACAAAAUCGCUGUUAAUGUUUAGAUAGAUGUUUGAUGAUAGACGAUAACGAUAAAGCUAAAACUAUUAUCAUUUAAAGCUUUGUAGAUAUUUAUGUUUCGUUGCUUAUAAUAGAUAUUUAUGUUUUUUUUUAAAUGUUGCUAUCUGAAAAUUGAUUGAAGUCAUAUCAGCAUCAAAAAUAUGAAACCUUCAAAAACAAAUUGAAAA